GUGAUAUUCCAUAAGCGCGCGAGUGCGUUGUCAAACUUGAGAUGAAGCACAAGGUGGGUCUGAGCCAAUCAUAGGCUAGCGGGGAUCCAGGCCAACUCGACCAGGAGCACUUUGUCUUUUCACCUGACAGACAAGGACAUGACCUAUCUUGGAUUGAAUUGAUGACUACCACAAUAGACCCCGACGCAGUGGAUCUCGAUGAGAGUUCUCCAAUUCAAGCGGUCGCGGUCGAUGCCCAGCCGCUCGCCCUGCGCUCAUAUCAGGCUGAGAUGGUCGAGGAGAGCCUGGGCUCGAACAUCAUCGUUGUCAUGGACACUGGUAGCGGCAAAACGCACAUAGCAGUGGAACGUACCCGAGCUGAACUCGAGAUUUGCAAGCCGUCCAAGCGCGUAUGGUUCCUUGCACCUACUGUUACUUUGUGUGAGCAGCAGAGCAAAGUGUUUGGUUACCACCUUCCAAAUUAUAAUGUCCUCGUGCUCAGUGGUCAAGAUGAUGUUGACCACUGGACCGAACAGAGCGUGUGGGAUUCGGUACUACAAAAUGUCCGCAUCGUUUUGUCAACGCAUCAGGUCUUGUACGAUGCUCUCGCUCAUGCGUUUGUCCGGAUGGAUGAGCUGGCUUUGUUGAUUUUCGACGAAGCUCAUCAUUGUACUCUCAACCACCCAGCUAAUCGCAUCAUGUCAAGCUUCUACAUGCCAAGAAUCAUAUCAGGAGAUGACAAUCUCCCUAGAAUUCUCGGUCUGAGCGCGAGUCCUGUUAUGAAAGCACAUGCCACAACAGAGUCUUUACAAGAGAUCGAACGGAAUAUGCAUGCUACAGCCAAAACUCCAAAGAAAAGUCGUUCUGAACUAGCACAGUAUGUACACCAGCCAGAACUGAUCAGAGUAGACUAUCAAGUCGAAGACCAGCUGCCAGAUCAGCUGCCGCUGCUUGCUGCUCUCUCGCGUAGUUACACAGAGUAUGAUCUUAUGCAGGACCCUUAUACGAAAGACCUUCUUCAAAAGCAGCAAAAAGGAUACGAUGUUUCUGAAAAGUUGCAGAAGCUGUUUGUAAGCCAGAAAACCUACUGCAUCGCGCAGCUCAGGACUUUGACCACCCGAUCACGAGACCUUAUGCAGGAGCUGGGUCUAUCUGCAGUUGAAUGGUACCUACACCAAUGUAUGGCGAAGUUUGAGAAAAGUUUGUCCGAUGCGCAACAACUUCUUGACGGGACCAAUGACGAGAAGCAGCACCUUCUCAUCCUCUUGAGAAACCUUUGCUUCCGCGAGCUUGAGCCUCCCCCCUCACUUCAAACCGACUUCCUGUCACGGAAGGUCGAAACUCUAAUCGAUGUUCUGGUCGGUGAAGCUCAAAACAACCCCACUUUUUCAGGCUUGGUAUUUGUUGAGCAGCGCACUUGGGUUGCUGUUCUGGCAGAAAUCCUCUCCGUACAUCCUCGUACCAGAGACCUGUUCCGAGUCAGUACAUUCUUAGGCCCUUCGUCGUCGAGCAAACGUAAAGCGAUGAUUGCUGCCUUCCCAGAGCCGAAGAACCAGCACACAACGUUAGAAGACUUUCGGGCAGGCACGACGAAUCUGAUAAUUGCCACAAGCGUUCUUGAGGAAGGCAUCGAUGUGUCUAGUUGCCAUCUAGUCGUUUGCUUCGAACGCCCGAAGAACCUGAAGAGCUUCGUCCAACGACGCGGUAGAGCAAGAAUGCAGAACUCAAAAUACUUUGUCUUCGUGCCUGAAGUAGGAGAUAGCCAUCCUCCCGAGACCUGGGAAGCGCUUGAACAGGAGAUGAAGAAAGCUUACCUCGACGACAUGCGGCAGAGUAAUCUCGCAGAUAUGAGGGAAGCAGAUGAGGAGGAGGGGACGCGGUGUUUCGAGGUUGCUAGUACUGGUGCCCGCCUGACACUGAAUGAUGCCUUGCCACAUCUCAACCACUUUUGCGCACUGCUUGCGCCAGACCCGUACGUUGACCCACGUCCGCAGUUCAAGUUCAUCUGGUCCGAAACUGGUAGCAGUGUUACUGCAGAAGUUACCCUCCCAACUUCUGUUGACUAUGCGGUACGCAAAGCUCGAAGCGUAGAAUCCUGGCGAACAGAGAAAAUGGCAAGAAAGGACGUCGCCUUCGAAGCCUAUAAAGGGCUAUAUCUCGCUGGUCUGGUAAACGACAAUCUUCUACCUGUACGACAGGAAGUUCAAGACAUGGUAGCCGAGUUCCAGAUGCCUGAUCACAGACCCUCAAUGGUGCCCGUCUCGCCAACUCUCGACCCAUGGAUCUCAAUAGCUCAGCAGCACCAACAGCAGUCCGAGGUCUACUUUCGAACGCUACUCGAAAUCAAGACAAGUGACAAUAAGUCUUUGUGUGUCAACCUGUUCACAAUUCUACCCAUCCCGGCGGUCAGUGAGGUCGAAUUGUUCUGGAAUGAGAACCAGAUCUACACAGCUAGAAUGUCGAGAUCUUCGAAAGUUACAAUCGGAACAGCGGAUCUCAAAGUUUUGCGUUCUAUCACUCGAAAGAUACUGCAGUCCAUACACGCGGCAAGAAUGAGCGACUCAAGAGAGGACCUUCUGUGGCUCCUGGCACCCUGCGAUAAUACAGGCCGAUGUCCGGACUACACGAAGCUUGCGCAGUGGGACAAAGAUACGAACGGCUUCCAUCCGGCUCCAUCACUACUAGCAAGGGCCCCGGAUCAGAUAUCACAGUGGGGCCUUAUCUCGCGAACUGGUGACAACCGAAAGUAUAUCGUGCAGGGUGCCGCGGGCCCAUGGAAAUAUCCCACAGACGCUCAAUCGUCAGAAGUGUAUCUUGGGGCCGUUCGACUGCCCAAACGGCGUGAUUUUCUGCAUCAUGUUACCAAGACUGGAAACACAAAUGAUGCAUACACACGGGUGGAAUACUUGAGCUUAUCGGAAUGUGUCGUUGACAAUCUGCCAGCGUCGUAUUCUGUCAUUGCGCUCUUGCUGCCAGGAAUCAUGCAUAGACUUGAAGUGUCCUUGAUCGCUGACGCUUUGCGAACAACAUUGCUCGCUCCCGUCCAUAUUGAGACAGAAGACUUGUCGCUUGUGGUAACAGCACUGACUGCCUCGUCCACCAACGACAGGAACAAUUAUCAACGCCUCGAAUUUUUGGGCGAUUGCAUACUCAAAUUCAUUUCGUCACUGCAUGUGAUGGCGGAAAACCCGCGAUGGCCGGAGAGCUAUCUCACUGGGAAGAAAGGCAAGAUAGUGAGCAACGGCUUUCUUGCUCGAGCUACCUUAGCGGCUGGCCUUGACAGAUUCGUGAUCAUCAAAGGCUUUACAGGAGCGAAGUGGUCGCCCAGGUAUCUGGAAGAUCUGUCCGCAGCCGCAACGCCGUCGGAACGGCCGGAAAGAUCAUCGAAAUUACUUGCUGACGUUGUUGAAUCACUGAUAGGUGUAGGGUAUGUCCUUGGCGGAUUUCCAAAGGCCUUUGCCUGCGUACAGACGUUACUACCGCUUGAGAGGUGGAUACCAAUAUCUGAAGCGAACGCUAUUCUGUAUGAAGUGGUUCCAACAGACCUUGCUAUCACGAACUUUGAACUCUUGGAGUCGUUGAUUGGAUACACAUUCACAAAGAACGUGCUUUUGUUAGAGGCACUUACACACGCCUCCUACACUGGACCGAAUGCACAUGCUAGUUACGAGCGAUUGGAAUUUCUUGGCGAUGCUGUAUUGGACUACAUCAUCUCGAAGCGCCUGUAUAUGCAUGAGCCGCCGCUGUCGCAUCAGAGGAUGCAUGCAAUACGGACAGCGAUGGUGAACGCAGCUUUUCUAGCCUUUCGCAUGCUGGAAACAACGAUUCCAGAGGAGACCAACAGCAAAUCAACUCGACAGACAGAGAUACAUCAAAGAGCGCUAUGGCAGUUCUUACGAAAUGGAAGUCCUCAGUUGGCCACUACGCGAGAUGCGAGCCUGCAGCAGCACACGAGUGUGAGGGGGCCACUCACUCACGCGCUGAGGCAUGACGACGAGUUCCCAUGGCAAUUGCUUGCGCUCAUCAACGCACCGAAGUUCUUGUCGGACAUUGUCGAGAGCGUUAUAGGCGCAAUCUAUGUCGACAGCCAAGGUGACUACUCCGCCUGCGAAGUUUUUGUGCGCCGCCUUGGUAUUCUAGAUUGUCUCGAACGCAUUCUACACGACAACGUAGAUUGUUUGCAUCCCAAAGAGCGGCUUGGCCACUUGGCCGUUGAGCGCAGUGUCAAGUAUGCUGCUGUACGCGACAAUGCCGGGAGCAAGCUGGAUCUACCAGUUGCUAUGGGCAGUGUAUGGAGAUGUCAGGUCAAGGUCGAUGGAGAGGACGUAGGAGGAGUCGUUGAAGGAUCGACGAGGUUGAAUGCUGAGACCAUCGCUGCCUGGAGGGCGAACAAGGUCCUCAGAGGUAAAGUACCCGUUGCUGUGGAAUGCAAUGAGGAGCAAGACAUCUUCUUCGAUGCCGAAGAGGAAAGUGGUGUAGCACUUUGAAGCUGCUAAUAGUCAGCGGGUAUUUUUCAGAUGUAUCUCAUAUCGGCGCCAAAGGUUUAGGACGCAGCACUGCAGCAGUGCAGACUGUUCUCGGGGUCACAGGUUCG